AUGACAGCUAGAAUCCGAAGUUGGAGCACUAGAAACUUGUCUUUUGCUGGUAGAAUUGUGCUCAUUAAUUCUGUACUGUCAGCUAUAUAUGCCUAUUGGUGCCAAAUAUUCAAACUACCCAAACAAGUGAUACAUGAAGUAGAAUCCAUAUGUAGGGCUUUCCUUUGGAAAGGCCAACACAUGAUGCAAGGUGGUGGCUCUGUAGCAUGGGAUAGAAUCUGCCAAGCCAAAUCAGAAGGAGGAUCGGGUUUGAGGAAAAUAGAUGUGUAUCUCAAAGAUAGAGAUUGGUGGGGAUACCAAGCUCCAAGCCAUGGGAGCUGGUAUUGGAAACAGGUAGUGGCAGCCAAGGACAAGCUCAAGCAAUUCACUGCAGUGCAGCAGUUCACACAGAGUAAGUUCCAAAUCUCAGCAUGGUAUAGCUUUCUAUGUCCAAUUCAAAACAAGGUACAUUGGUGUGAUGAAGUUUGGGGAAGGUUCAACAUCCCCAAGCAUAGCUUUAUCUUAUGGCUAGCUGUGCAGAAAAGACUCAAAAAAAGGGAUUGGCUCACAAAAUUUCAGAACAUAGCUGAUACAAAAUGUCCGAUCUGUAUGCAGCAGGAAGAAACAUCUGAACAUUUAUUUUUCAGGUGCCCAUUAGCCCAAUAUUGUGUGGAGAAAAUCAAGGAUUGGCUGUCUUGGAGAACACAAGCAAAUGACCUCCACAAGCUUCUCAAAUGGAUACACAAAAGCAAAAUCAGUAAGAUAAAGAAAAGAGUUUUGGCAGCAGCUAUUGCACAUUUAGUCUACUCCAUUUGGUUUGUAAGAAAUGACAUUGUGUGGAACAAACACAUAGAAAACAAAGAUAUCAUUGUACAAAGAAUUAAGAAUAGUAUUAAGCAUAGAGUAGAGCUAGUUUGGCCUAAAAAGAGUGGUCAAAAAGAUAGAGAAUGUUUUUAA